AUGUCGGUGAAUGCCUCAUCGCCUCUUCCCGUACGGGAACCAGGCCAAAGUACACAGAAGUCGACAGGAAGAUUUGUUCGAUCAGAUCAACUGGCCAUGUUCGCGCGAGUAACAUCUUACCCACCUCUGGGGCAACUCACCAACAUCCGAAGAUCCGAAGAAGAUGAUGCGCUAUGUUUCACUGUGAUAAUCGAAUCCAUUAGCUCAUUCCCCGCACAGCCAUGGGAUGUGCAGAUCUGGCACAAUAUCACCAGCCCCGAAUGGACAGCCCUGCCACUACUGAAUUGUCACCCUGAACUGGCAAAUCGACUAAAUGGAAAUGACAAUGAUGAGUAUGACUUCCAUCGCCAUGUAUUUGCUGGCAAUAUUCCAUUGCCCGCCAAAGGAGGCCAUGUCCAAUUUACAGUACGAUUCCGAACCAGCCUAGAUGAAGAGUGGCAGUGGGCCAACCAGAAGCAUCCAGUCAGUGAUGGCGAAAUUGUUUACUGUUCACGGUAUUCUGGUAUUCAUCAGUCUGUGGCCACAGACCAAUCCACUCAAAGUCCGCAAAGGGAUAUGGCCAAAUUUAUCAAAAAUAUCUCUGAUAAGCUGCAAAUCCAACAGCGGAGGAGUGAGGCUCCAGGAUCAAAGCUUUGGAGUCUGUCAGGCGGUAUAGAUCCAUGCCAAGAGAGAACCUCAAAUAUCAAACAUGUCACGCUUGGUACACCUUUAUCAGUGUUGAGAUAUUUCUCCAUCGUCCGGGUGUGGAGUCCAUGGCUGGGCCCUAGACAUGGGAAAGACAAAUUCCAACUCACUGAAGACGCAAUACUCUGCUCAUUCCUCAGGAGUGACGGGGUCCACCUGGUGUUGCUGGCUGUAUCGGGAGUCAAUGAUGUCCUGACCGUCCUUCAAUCUGGUAAUAAUGGUGAAAUUGCCAUUAAAGCAAAAAGUGACAACAAGGAUCCAUCAGAGUUCCACAUUCUGGUUGCAGCCGCCGAAGAAUUCGAGAUCGCCAUGUCUGCAGUGAUGUAUGAGGCUCGCAAGGUUGUUAGGCCGUUUGCUAAUCCAGCGGGUACAAUCUUGGAGGGACAAGUUCCGUUAUCUCCCCCAGGUGAUGACGAGGUUCUUGUGGAGAAGGAUCCAUCUGCUCAAUUUCUUGCUCAGUGGUUUGAUGGUCUGACAUAUUGUACCUGGAACGCUCUUGGCCAGGAUCUUACCGAAGAAAAGAUAUUGCAUGCUUUGGCAGAAUUGAAGUCAAAUGGAAUCCAAAUCGCCAACCUCGUCAUCGAUGAUGGCUGGCAAGCAAACGACAAUGAGGGCCAGUCUCAGUUCAAGAGAGGCUUGCAGCAGUUUGAAGCCCAUUCGGAAGGUUUCCCCAAAGGACUGAAGAAUACAGUGAGAUCAAUCCAUGACGCCAAUCCCCAUAUCGAGCACAUUGCAGUUUGGCAUGCCUUGCUCGGGUAUUGGGGUGGUAUCUCGCCAGAAGGAGACUUAGCCAAAAGAUAUAAGACAAAAGAAGUCAAGGUCAAAGAUCCUUCUCCCAAUGGUCCUAUUGCGCAAAAUCUCCCUGAUGGCAAAAUUCUCGCUAUCGACCCGGAUGAUAUCCAGCGGUUUUAUAAUGACUUCUAUAGUCAUCUUGACUCGACGGGUAUAGAUUCAGUCAAGGCAGAUUCGCAAUUUUUCAUCGAUCUCCUUGAAGACGCGGAAGACCGCAGACGAUUCAUGACCUCUUACCAAGAUGCAUGGUCAAUCGCCUCUCUAAGAUAUUUUAGCACUCGUUCAAUCUCAUGCGGUUCGAUGACGCCUCAAAUCAUGUUCCAUUCACAACUUCCAAACAACAAACCCACCAUCCCGCUCCGAAACUCAGAUGACUUCUUCCCUGAAAUACCCGCUUCGCACCCAUGGCAUGUAUUCUGCAACGCACACAAUUCACUUCUCACGCGAUACUUGAACGUACUCCCAGACUGGGAUAUGUUUCAAACUAGUCAUCCAAACGCAUCUUUCCAUGCUGCUGCGAGAUGCGUGUCUGGUGGACCGAUCUAUAUCACCGACGAGCCUGGAAAGCAUGACUUGAGCCUGCUUGAUCAGAUGACCGCACCAACCGUCAAAGACAUCACCAUAAUCUUGCGUCCCAGUGUCAUUGGACGCACCAUUGACACUUAUCACGACUACAAUGAAGGAAACAUCCUGCGCGUAGGAUGUUACACCGGCUGGGCUAGAACCGGAAGCGGGAUCCUGGGUCUGUUCAAUAUCAAUUCUAACGGGACCUCCACUAUGGUCUCUCUGAUGGAUUUUCCUGGAAUCCACGAAAACUCUCAUGGCUACUAUAUCGUGCGCGCACACACCACCGGAAAGGUUUCCUCUCGUAUACGGCCUAUAGAUCGAGAUUCCCUCGUCUCAAUCGUUCUUGAACAAAGAGGAUGGGAGAUUCUCACUGCUUACCCAAUCCAAUCGUUUACGCUGAAAAAUCACCAAGGACAUGAUGGCUCCGUUGAUAUACUGACCUAUGUGGCCGUGCUCGGCUUGCUGGGCAAGAUGACUGGUGCAGCGGCUGUGGUGAUGUCUGAUAUAUGCCUCGCUGAGAACGGCCGAUUGAGACUUGAUGUUAGUCUCAAAGCUCUUGGGAUAAUGGGAAUUUAUCUGUCCGAUCUUCCUGGUAGGAGUAUUGCUAAGGACUUCAUGGUUAUGAUCCAAGGAAAGCCAAUCCCCCGGAAAACCGUAUGGAAGGAAGGGGGUGAGGAUGGGAACGUGCUGGCAAUUGACAUGUUGACUGCUUGGAAGACGAUGAAGUUGGAUAGUGGAUGGAGUAGCGAGGUUCAUGUACAGGUAUUUGUUGGAUGA